AUGUUCUCGCGCCCGAUCUCCUCAUGGGGUCGGCUUCCUUGGUCGGGCCCCGGCCUCCGCCCGGCCACCAUCACAAAUACACGAUGUGUUGACUCUGGGAGGAGAUUCUUCACUCACAAUUCAUGUCUCCGGCAGAAUAUCAACGCACCUUUCAAUACGCCACAGUCGAAAAAGCGCAAUGCGUCGACAAUGUACUAUACAGCCAGUCUUAUUCUCGGAACCGUUGCGCUUGCCUAUGGCUCCGUCCCUCUGUACAAAAUGAUCUGCCAACAAACCGGCUGGAACGGUCAACCCGUAGCUACACACCGUGUAGGUGACGGCGAUACCUCUUCCCGCGUCACUCCGGUCACCGACUCUCGUCGUUUGAGAAUCACGUUUAAUGGAUCAGUUUCGGAUGUUUUACCAUGGAAGUUUACACCGCAACAACGUGAAGUUCGAGUUCUUCCGGGCGAGACAGCACUUGCAUUCUUCACAGCGACAAACAAGGGCCCAACGGAUAUCAUUGGUGUAGCGACGUAUAGUGUCACUCCCGGACAGGUUGCUCCCUAUUUCAGCAAGAUUCAAUGCUUUUGCUUCGACGAGCAGAAGCUGAAUGCUGGAGAGUCGGUUGACAUGCCGGUGUUCUUCUUCAUCGACCCUGACUUUGCCAAUGAUCCGGCAAUGAAGGGCAUUGACACAAUUACGCUCUCAUAUACCUUCUUCAAGGCGCGAUAUGAUGACAAUGGUGUCUUGAAGCCAUUGCCGUCGAGCUAA